AUGCUCCUACCACAGAUAGCCGACGAACAUGACGCGGACAUUCUGAUCCUGUGUGAACCAUACAGGAGAAGGACGACCCAGACGUACAUCACGAACGAGACAGAGACCACAGCUAUCUGGGUAAGGGGGGCCACCCAAUCGCGAGUCUCCGACCGUGGAGUAGGGGACGAUUUUGUCUGGGCCAGGGUGGGCGCUGUCACUUACGUCAGCGUCUACCUGACGCCCAACUGCACUACGGCGGAAUUCGAGAGGAAGGUGGCGCUCCUAGAAGAUGGAAUCAGGGACCUGCCCGGAGAUGUCAUCGUUGCGGGGGAUCUCAACGCGAGAGCGACCGAGUGGGAAAUGACAGAAACGAACAGACGCGGACGACUGCUACUGGAAAUGGCCGCAAGGCUGGACCUGGUAGUGGUAAACACGGGAAACACGCCGACGUACAGACGACCAGGGUUUGGAGACUCCAUCCUUGACGUGACGCUGACGUCGGACGGAAUCCUGUCACGGCUGAGGGGGUGGCGGCUGAUCGAGGACUAUACAGCCGCCGAUCACCAGGACAUCACCUUCGAAGUGGCAGGACGGACAGAAACGAGACGAACUAGCUCCCACCGACCCCCGCGGUGGAACCUCGACAAACUCGACGGACGUAAAUUUUCUGAGGAGUUGAUGGCAGCACCAGCUCCGAUGACGAAAAUUCCCCCCGAGCUGACUGGCCGGCAAAGGGCGGAGAGACUGACGGACGAGACGGCCAAACUAAUAGAUGGCUUGUGCAACAGCACAAUGCCGAAACGACGACAGGUACAGAAAAGACGACCACAAUACUGGUGGACGGACGAGAUCGCCGAAUUGCAACUCAAAGAUGCCGAAACAGCAGGACGGAUUGUUGACGGAUUGUUUCUGACGCACCCGAUACGGACGAACGUGACGGACGACGCUGACGUGCCGGCGUCCCCCGUCUUUAUCGCUGAGGAGCUCACCAGAGCAACGAAGGCGAUGAAGACUGGUAAGGUGCCGGGACCAGACGGAGUACCGGCUGAGAACCUCCGGGUUGUGGCUCGCCUACGGCCGGAGAUACUUCUCGACCUGUACAACACGUGCUUGACGACAGGAACGUUCAGCGAUCGGUGGAAAGAGGCGAGGCUCGUCCUUAUCCCGAAAGGUAAGGGUGAACCUAACACGCCCUCGGCCUACCGACCGUUGAGUUUACUUGACACGACAGGUAAACUCUACGAACAAUUACUGAGACCGAGACUGACGGACGCGAUGCAGGCCGGAGGGGGUCUCUCCGACCUGCAGUUCGGUUUCAGGAGGGGUCGAUCGACGAUUGGAGCAAUCCAAAAGGUGGUCGACUCUUUCCUGGAACUGGACAGACACUGCCACGCAGCCCGACCUAUCGUGCUGCUGGGGACACUGGACAUCAGGAAUGCUUUCAACUCGGCCAGGUGGGUAGAUAUCUUGGAGGCGCUGAAAAGCAACUUCGGGAUCCCACCUUACUUGACCCGGGUUGUGGAGGACUACCUGAAAAAGAGACGUAUAACGUACGAGACGAUAGAAGGACAGGUAACGAGACAGGUCACCGCUGGGGUUGCCCAGGGGUCGAUACUGGGACCUGACUUCUGGAAUGGCUUAUACGACAGCUUGCUUCGGCUGGAGAUGCCGCUCGGAGUGACCCUCGUCGCCUACGCUAAUGACGUAGCGGCGGUGAUUACAGAGCGAUCUCCGGAACUAGCACAGUUGAAGUUGAACCAGACCAUGAGACGAGUUGGACGUUGGAUGACGGACCACGGACUGCAACUCGCAACGGAAAAGACGGAACUGUCGCUCCUUACGAGAAGACGCAUACAGACGAUACUGCCCAUGAGAGUGGGGCACACGAGACGGAGACCAAGGGGGAAGUCAAUUGGCAGUAUUACCCCGGAGAACAUCGUCGGGGUGAUGCUGCACGAACCCGAAUGGUGGUGCUUAGUCGCCACCUACACGGAAACGAUACUGCGACGUAAGAACGCGGACGGCUGCUUGACGGAUGACUGA